AUGACGUCCGCCGCACCAGCAGCAGCAUCAGGCUCCAUGGUCCCAGCACAGCUCGGCUUCCUCGCCAUAUUCAACCCCUCCCUCGGCAACACAGACGACACGAUCGACGACCAAAUCGUCUACUAUGCAUCCGACACCACGCAGAGCAAGGGCAAGAGGCGACGACGCACGCGACGACCCACGGAUGCCAUCUCGCAGGAGGAGCGGCACGAGCGUCUCCGUCAGAUUGGUCUCGCGCAGGGCAUGAUCAACUUUAGUCGAGGAUUUGCAGAUGGCGCCUCACUGGAUUCUGUGGACACCGAGAAAUCAAGGGUCAUUACUCACGAGUUAGAGCCUGGCUGGUGGAUUCUCGCUAGCAUCAACUUCACAAAGGUGCCUCUUCCGCCGCGCCUGGCCACCAAGUCCACGGAACCGCAGGAGGAUAAGUAUGAAUACUCGAGCAGAGAAUUAAAGCCCUCUGCCCUUCUGUUACGGGAUUUACUACGCGCACAUAGCAUCUUCCUCCUUCAUCACGACACAUCGCUCAGUGCGCUGUUCGUGCGCAGCAAACGGACCAAGUUUGUUGCCGUCCUCAGCCGGUACUGGGACCUAUUUCUCUCCACGUGGAAUGUAAUGCUUCACGGGAAUCCGGUGCGCAAUAUCUUCGGGGGUAUCAAUAUUGCCGCGUCGGGAGAGCUCGGUGUAGGUGUGGGUGAGGAGGAUAGGGGCAGCGGCGAGCGCGAGGUCUUGGAGGGCUUGGUCGGCAGGAUAGAAGGCCUGGUUGACCUUGUUGUAUCCAAGUUUGGCGCCGAGGAACCAGAGGAUGAGGCGAAGACGCAUAGGGACCGGGUGGAUGCACAGCUCUGGUUGGGAAGCGGCGAGGAGCCGGCUGCUGAGGAUGGAGCGAUAUUCUUGGGUGCCGGGGCGCUGAGUCGCAAGUCGGUGAGGGAUGUGACGCAUUGGAUGGAGGACUUGUAUCAGUGGGGGGAUCAUGCGUAUGGCGUCAUUGAUUCUCCUACGUCUACGAGGGGGAAGAGAGCGCGGAAGGGGCACAAGUCUGUGGAUGAGACGAGGGUCACCGCUAAGGAAGAUACUCCGACAAAGACAGACAAGAUGGAUCAGAAACAGGCGGAAGAGGCUCCAGUUGAGACAGAGACACAGAAGGAGACGGAAGCACAGAAUCAGAAGAGCACCGAGGAACAGGGCCAAAAUCAAAGUGAAGCGCAGUCACUCCCAUCAGAACCACCCAUCCCGACGAUCGACACCUCAACACCAUCCACCGCCCCCAAAGACCCUGAAGAUGGCAAACUCGACAAAAUGCUCAGCUACAUGAAGUUAGGCUACGGCUCAUACUGGACUCUCCCCGGCACAAACACCACCACGCCAACCACACAAUCCGGCACGCACACCCCAUCCGAUGCCGUCUCCAAACCCCAACCCAAAGACACAACACCAGCGGCAGCAUCACGACCCAAGCUCCUCGCGCGCUCGUCAUCAGAACCCCACGGCCACUACCUCAUCGGCCUCAAGGGAUCCAUCUCCGAGCCCCCCUCCGACAGCGACUCAUCCACCUCAUCCACACACAACUCACGCACCCUCCUCCGCACCAUCAACAUCGAACUCGACUCCAAACUGUCCACACAACCCUCCACAACCAUCAUCAAGGACUUCGCCCACCCGGCCAGCCCCUUAACCCAAUCCCAAGUAGCGGGCAACUUCCUCCCCGGCUACACAACCCACGAUCUGAACAAGUCCGAAAAACUGCGAGUAGUCGUCUACGUCAACCGUCCCUUCAUAUUCACAUUCCUCUUCAAACUACACACCGACUCCCUCGCCUGGGACGCACUCUACCGCUCGCUGCACUACCAACUCGCACCGUUGAAGAAGCCCCUCCUCUCAUCUACGAAGUACCGUCCCGAGCAGGACGCACGCACGAUAUACAACCUCGUCUGGGACCCGAACCACCUGUCCAUACACUCCACCAUCCCCAACAUCCCCGAGUCAUCCACCUCAGAUACAUGGUCCCGCGCAGACGCAGUAAACACCCACCUACACUUACUGAAUAUCCACACCGCAACAAGAUCAAAAACAGACGUCGAGCGAACGCACAAAACAAACAGAGGAUGGUGGAUUGUGUGGACGCGCCUCCUCGAACGAGCAGCUCAUGAUAUGAGUGAGCAUCCCCCGUCCCCAGGAUCAGAUAGCUCACACGAGCAUGACAAGCAGGAGGAUAAAAUGGUUGUCAGCAAGGAAAUCUUUCUCAUUAGAAGGGCCAGUGACCACGCUGGUCUGAGGAGCUUAUCGACAGGGGACGGGGGCGGUGCAGACGUCGCAAGUAAAUUAGUGCAGGGGAUUGGGGUCGACACCCGGAGAUAUGUGGAGGAACUGUUGAGCUUUCUGUGA